GUGGUUGAGGUGAAUGAAAAUGUAUAUGAUAACAUUUCAAAACGAAGCUUUCAUCCAGUUCACACAUUAAGGUUACUACUUCAGCAAACCAGCGAGAGGGAGCCCCUUUCAACAUCAGCACUGUCACCUGUAAAAGCCCCAGCUACAUUUAAAAAACAUGUCACCUUUGUGACGGAAAAUAACAAGGUUAUAAUGAUUGAUCCAGAAGACCAUGGGACAGCCACGCCAAAACCAAUCUGSGAGAAACCCAUACGUCCCAUCCUAAAAUGGCCAUCCACUGUUCACCCACAACUUGGACAGAGAAAUACAGCUGCUUCCAAGUUGGCACAUGCGAAGAAAUCGUUUGGAGAAAACGCUACUCUUGCAGUUAACCUUCAUAUAAAUGUUCCUUCUGCUCCCCACCUCCCCACUGCCAUGCCUGAAGAAAAGAAGCCGCUUAAAGAGCCUGCGAACAAGAUGGCGCUAAGUGGAAACGUCUCUAAAGUUGGCUUAAACCAGCUGCAGAUAGUGUCCUGUGAGGGGAAAAAACAAGUGUACUGUCUGCUGUGUGCAGCCAGGUUGAGAAGCUCCAGUCACCCCUCCAGCUACAACCACYGCUAUAACUAUGUGAAAAUGAWGUACCCUGGAUUGACUGCAAAGCCGUUGGAGAAUAAGCUGAACAGCAUAGUGGCUCAUUUAGCUGAGGUUGAAAGAGACGUUGGGUUUCAGAGCCCUCAGAGAAUGGAAGUGACGAAGGAUGUGUACCUAAAGCUGGCUGCUCUUACAGAAGAUAAAGGUACCAAAGUCCUAAAAACUCKCUGUAAAACAGAGGAUCCUCACAGUUGUGUUUGGAUCAGCGACGCAGCCUCACCACUCCAACAGGAAGCUCUCAAAAGCCCACUGAAACCUUCACUCCUUCAGCUCUGCAGCCCACCGCUGCAAACCCCUGCAUCAGUCGCAACAGGACCACAGGACUCUUCUGGGUCGAGCUACAGCCCAGAACAAGCUGCAGGACUUGGAGAGUGCAGUACAUCACGAGCUCAGCCCUUAAAAUUCUUUGGAGCAAAAGCUCAAGGCUGCAGCUGUUUGCUUCUAUCCUUGAAUGUGCGUCAGAGUUGGAAAUCAGUCAUAGGUAUGGCCUCUGUGUGGGAGUGUCGAGGGAUUUCUCAGGAAAUGUUCUACCUGUGUGAAAGCUGCGAGGCCAUGCUGUCUCGUCGAGACAUCUUUCAACACAUGGUCAGCUUUCAGCACCAGCUCAAAUACCUGUGGAGUAAUCACACACAGUUGCUGCAGAUGUUCUGGCCGAAGGAAGAUCUGCCUCCAGAGUUCAAAACAGAUGUUUUAAACUUCAUUGUCCAGCAACUUGCACUUCAGGAGCGUUUUCAUAAAGUGGAUGCACAGUGUGCAUUGCUGGGACUGGAGAUAUAUUGGUUUGUUCGAAUGACUCAUUUCAGUGAAGCUUUGAAUGUGGUGAGAAUAAUCACAAACCAGGAGAAAUGUAAGGCCUUGUCCCUGCGUGUCAAUGCUUUACUACAGAAGGGACAACAGAAUGACUUCUUGAGAACAGAAAAGCCUCUUUCCACCAACAGUGUGUUACCUUCAACAUUAAACACAAAACACAGACGUGACUUUGAAACUGGACAAAAAGCAACAAAAACUGAUGAACGGAUGUCAGUGGUUGAAGAUCCAUACAUGGUCAUAAAAAGAGAAGUCUCAUGUCCAGAUGGGAGAUCUUCUUCUGUGAAGAAGAAACCUUAUGCCUCUCCGAUCGCUGUUCAUCCUAACCCUCACAAGACAAGCCAGGGUUCUUCUCCCCAACCAACACUCGCAGCAAAUCUUCAAAGCUCUUAUCCACUGCCCCGAGUUAAACUGUCAGAAUCACCUUCCUCCUCUGCAGUCACUCAAAACGUAGAAGCUUCCCUCACGAAGAAAUCCCCUGGAAUCAGGAAGAGAGCAGCAGAGACUUUUCUUGGAACUUUACAGUCGUCCUGCACCAGCAGCCCACUGGCACACCCUUUACCAGCUAAAUGUGCACGCAGCCCGGUGACGGUUAAGACUGAGCCCCAACCUCACUCCACUGAGACCUCCACCCCACUGGCUCUGAAACACGGCACCCCAGCACCCAAACCAACCCCGCACACCGUGGACAGAGCAUUGUUCUCUGAGCUGAUCUUGGAGUUAAACAUGAACUCUGAGAAUAUUGAUUUCAAUUUCCCGUUGGCUUUGGCCCAUUCUCCAGCGAGCAGCUCCUGCGCUGCCGUUUCACCCGGAAACGAAAAAACUAGAUGGGAUUCAAGAGUUGUGGUUAUAAAAUAUCCAACUGCAGUUCUUAAGAGAAGGUGGGAUUCAAAGUGUCAGCUGGUCAAAGCUACGGUGAAGAAAAACGUACCCAUAAACUUUGUGGAAGGGUUCAAGACAGAACCCCUGACCACUGACAUCCAUUCUGCUUCAGGCAGCAUCUCGUGUCAGCCGUUGUUAAGUGGAAGCUACUUAGAUGCCUCAGCUGCAGCCUCUGUUCAGUCAGCGUCUACUGCUGCCACUGCAGACCCCAAAGACCCUCACACUCUACAGAGCUCCAGUGCUCAAGAUGUUGGAAAUGUGAACAUUUCAGGACAGAAACCACAGAGCAGCUCAGUACCAAGCAGGUCUGAGAUUCCUCAGCAGUCCCCUAGCACCGUCGCAACCGCCCGACCAGAGCUCGUUAAUCUCAGCUUCCUGGUCCGCAGUAACAAUGAGACCAUCAGGUUUUACAACAUGCAGUAAAACUCACUGCACUCAAGCCAGCAGCACCUGCAGCAGAUGGAGGCGACAGUCAGCGGUCCUGUAGAUAAAGUUCAGCAGCUCAAAUACGUCCAGGCACAGGGUCAACAGAGCUGCAACUCAUGGAGCUGGAAACGUGAAAGCUGAAGAUGUUUUCCCUCUAAACUUUCAACUCAGUUCGAAUAUUUUUAAUUGCUUUGAAAUGUGUUUUUUAAAUGAAGGGUUUCAUUGGAAAAGCUCGUUAAAUUUGACUGAGUAGUCCAAGAAGGUGUUAAGUUUCAAACUUUUUUGUAUUUGAGUAAAAAAUUCAGCCAAUGGGGAAAAAAUGGCAAAUUAGACUUUUAUCUCUUUUCAGUUUUGUGAGAUAUUUUUAGUUUUUGCAAUAGUUGUAUUCGAUAUUUAUGUUGUACAACUUUGUUUGGGGAAAGUUAUUUUAUAUACAUUGUUAGUGAUUAAAAUGUAGCUACUUUUAAUUAACUGUUACUAAAUGUGAAAAGUGUUAUUGCCUCUGUUGGAAUGCUUGUAUCAGCACUUCUGCAGAUGUCAUUURAACUGAUAGUUUAUAGAUAAGUGAUGAUUCCUUUACUAGUGAGUUAAAGUUGUCAUUGUGCUAAGGCCAGUGUUUAUUUUUCACUUUUUCUUCAGAAAACAGUUGCGCCUGCAUCUUUGAGAUGGUUUUAUAAAUGAGAAUAAAUUUCUGAACUUAAAGAAUUAUUAAUGGUGCAAAGUGUAGCAGGAAGUUUGAAGCAAUAAAUCCAACUUAAUCUUUUUGCAUGUAGGUGUACACACAAAAGUUUUGUAUAAAAUAUAGAGAACAAGGGGGAUUUACAUACAUUUUUCUGAUUGAAUGUGGUUAUAGAUGGUUAAAAUAUUACCUUUAAAUGUCAGUAAAGAAACUUGAUAACAGUGAGGCCCUGGUAGUUAAAGGGGUGGUAUGUUUUUAAAAUAAUAAACUAUAGAGCUUGUUAAAAACUCACUAAAAGAAAACAGUUCAGUGUAUCUGUAUCUAAAACUACCAUUUGUUUAAUCUAAAGUUUAUAUCGAAACUGCCUUUUUCUGUGUGCUCAGACUGUUAAAACGUUCCUAAUAAAUUUCAUGUUUGAC